AUGGGUUCCGCGGCGGGCAAGCUUUUCCGGGGGGGUGACACCAAGAUCGAAUUUAUGGAGAGCACGAAGAUGCCCACCGCCAAAGAUAUGGAUAUGAGGCGCCGCAACUCUCUCAUGUUCUUCAUGAAGGAUUGGCAGGAGUCAUCAACGUUUGAGGAGCAGGAGGCUUCCAUGCUACAGAUCAAAAAGUACCAUCAAAUGGAAGCCAAAGUUAGCCAAGACGAUCCGAUGUUGGCGAAGAUGAACAAGAUCCCUCUGCAGAUCUCCCUCGGAGACAUGCGACUACUGAGGGAGACCGUCAUCAUGAAGUGGAAGGAUAUUAACCGCAGCUACCAAGGCCCCCUACUAGGCGAGACAGUGCUUCAUCGUGUGUGUCGUGAAGGGUACCUGGGAGCUCUGAAAUUCAUGCUGGAUCCUAACAGCAAGUCAAUUUUCGAGACGGAAACGGUCGAUCCUAACAUCCCGAACAAGCGGAAGAGGACGGCGUUGAUGCUUUGCUUUACGAGCCCACACUUCACGGAAAUUGCGAAGCAUUUCGGUCUCGAGCAGGACGCGGAGACAGGGCUUGGGGUACCUCGCCCAAGGCGGCCGGACACGGCCCAGGACUGGAUGAAGCCAGGGACCCGAGCCGAUCGUGAAGAGAUGGUGCGCAUUCUGGUGGAAGAUUUGAAAGCCGAUGUGAAUGUACUGGAUAUGCACGACUACAGUUUGCUGCACUACGCCUCUAUCAGUGGGUGGGAGGGAACAAUCGACCUGCUAUUGGAACACGGCAUAGACCCACGGCAGACGUGCAUGACGGGAGAGACGGCGUUGCACUUUGCCGUGUCGCUCAGGCAUGGCGAAGCUGCGGAAAUACUCUUGAAACGCUCCCAAGACCUUGUCAACGAAGCUGACAAGGACGGGGAUCGAGCCAUCCACUUAGCUGUUCAGAACGGUGAUCACGAAAUUGUGGAUCUCCUAGUAGACUACCAGGCGGACAUCAACUCACCCAACUACAGGAGAGUCACACCUCUCGCGGUGGCCUGCAAGCGCCAGGACUGGCAAAUGGUCAACCAUCUCUUAGAUAAGAAGGCGGAGAAGAAGAUCAGAUGGCGACUCAAGAGGGAGGAAGAGGAGCGACUCAAGCUCGCGCGGGCCGUGGGGGACAGGGAGGCUGAUGCAGCUAGGCUUAAAGCUCUGAAGGCGUACGGACAAUGGGUUCCGUACGCAGACAAGAUGGAUGGGGGAAUAUUUUACUACAACAAGUGUAUUUUUUCGUACAACUACAACCAUCCAGGGUCACACAGGAGGGGGUAAACACCAGGGCUUUUUUUCUUCUUUUUAUUUCUUUUCAUGCCCCACCUUCCUCCUCCUGCGGUGCGUGCUGAAUUUCAUUUUCAUCGCGAGAAGGGUCCAGCCGUCCCUUUCCCUCGUCAACGGUGCCGACUUCGAAGUUUGGUACUCACGAGAGCUUGUCAGCUAUAUUUCGCUUUCACCCGCACAUUUCGUAAAUUUUUCACCCCAUGGGGAUUC